CGAUCCUGGUGUCGGCACCAUGACUGGAAUAACGAUCCCGAUCGAAAUCCGUCCUGCCUGAUCGAUCACACAGCCGAUCGAUGGAUCGAUAUAUGUCAGAUCGCGAGAGAAGAGCGGCGAUUUUAGCCAGAGCGGAGGAAUUGUUAAGAACUAAUAGGCAUCCUGAACAGGAGGGGGAUGUUGACGACCAAGGUGGGGAGUACAGCUCCCAGGAUGGCGAUUACGAUGAGGAACCGAGCCAGUGGGAAUCAUUUGACACCAGCGCCUUUAAUUUAAUGUCGCCGACAAUGGACGUUAUGGCGCAUCACAACGGACAACCUCUACACAAGGAAAGCAAGGGGAAACUGAUCACUUUCUACCGAAAUGGUGAUAGACAUUUUAAAGGUCUGACAAUUCCGGUGAACCAUCGAAACUUUUCAACAUGGGAAACGCUUUUGGUUUAUUUGAGCGAGAAGAUCACCUUGCCUUACGGAGUUCGUCAUAUAUAUACAUUGAACGGGAGAAUGUUAGGAGAUAUCUCUGAACUUGAAGCCGGGAAAGGAUACGUGUGCGCUGGAGGGCAGUUUGUAUCCCAGAUCCCGUACGGUAAAUCCUCAGAACGAUACUGGCAUAACCGUAAACCGACUGGCGGAAUACGGAAGACUGAUAGACCUUUAUUUAAACCCGCUGGCAUGACGGGUGUACCCAAUUUAUCCCCUCAACCGCUUUCAAGAUUAAGUAAUGAGUCACCGACAAUGAGACACAAACCUAGGAUUAUAACUGUUUUAAGCAAUACACACAGAGACAGCAAAGCCAAAAUAUUGCUCAACCCCAAGACUACGCAAAGCUUUGAGCAGGUUCUACGAGACAUGACGCAGGCACUGACAAUGAGGUCACCACCGAUACAAGCACUUUAUACGUGGAAAACCGAGGAACGAGUUGAAAGUUUUUCUCAAUUAUUUCGUGACUUUAGAGAUUAUGACACCUUUGUUGCCUGCGGUGCUGAAGACUUGCUACGAACCCCACCUGCGAACAAUGUCUAUAGUAGUCUGGAUGGCGCCCCCAGUCGACGGCAAGACGGUGUGAAAGGGAGCCAUCUCGUGGCGCAACAGAAGCGAAAACCAAAAAAGAAACGAAGACAGGAGCCACCCCAUGCUUAUACAGAGCAUCCAAAACCACAACAAAUGCAGUUACAGCAUCCACCACAGAUACAACUGCAACCACACCACCACCAACAACAGCAACAACACCCACCACCACAUCAGCAACACUAUCAUCCCCAGCCUGUGCAACAGAACAGUUACAGUCCAGUGACGGACGCUUCUUCCGAGCUCGAGAGUAUACCAGUAACGGGCAGACAAGGAUUUGCCUCCAGCAGUGAGGGAAGUCUAACAGGACAUCCUAAACCAUACACAUUUCGCGGAAAUCCACAACAGGAGUCAAUGCACACCCAAACCUUUCCUUUCAAAAAGUACGCGCCAAAGGACAAUUAUGACGAGUUGCGUUACGACGCACGGCGCGCGCGCCAGGAAAGGUAUCUGCACAAGGCAAUCCAAGCAUCGAACGACAAUAAUCAUUUACCUCAGAUAGUGGACAAUAGAGAAACAGAACGGGACAUGAAAAUGCGCUACCAGCAAAACAAAGCCACACAGGCUAAUGGUAUUGCCUUUUUGGACAAUGAACGCGACAAUAGUCUUGAUCCUGUGAAGAUUAAAGUACAUGGACAAAUGCGCCAGUUUUACCCACCAUCCAACAUCAAUACACGUUACCCGGAUCCCAAUACAAAGCCGGAUAGAAAACUUAAGCUACAAUGGGUUUAUGGUUACCGUGGUUACGAUGCACGAUGUAAUCUUUACGUGAUACCGUCAGGUGAAGUCGUCUACUUUGUUGGUGCUAUUGCCAUACUUUACGACACUGAUUUACAAUUUCAGAGGCACUACUUGGGUCACAACGAAGACAUACAAUGUAUGGCCGUCCAUCCCUCAGAAAACUAUAUCGCCACCGGACAAAUGGCCGGACAACUACCUGACUCAACGGCACAUAUCCGUAUAUGGGAAACAGAGACGCUCUGUACGCAUGCCAUCAUUGGCCUUGAUGUCUUUCAAACCGGUGUUGUCUCUAUUAACUUUUCAAAGGAGAAUGGCGGAGAUUGGUUGCUGGCGCUUGAUGAAGGAGAUAACCACGUGUUGAGUGUCUGGGACUGGCAACAGGACAAGCUCAUUGCAAACACGAAGACCCAUCCUGACACAGUGGUGUUUGCAGUUUUCCAUCCGAAUGACGAUAAUUGUAUUAUCACUGGCGGCAAGCAGCAUCUCUACUUCUGGAGAGUGAUGAGCAGCAAAAUACUACGCGAUAAAAAGAGUGGAGUGUUCGAGGAAGAUAAACCUAAGUACGUCACUUGUAUUGAGUUUGCGCAAAACGGUGACGUCAUCACCGGAGACUCUAAUGGUAGCUUAACUAUAUGGUCAAAAGAUGCUGCAAAUGUCUAUCGUUCGAAACAAAGAAUUCCACACGCACAUGAGAAAUCUGUCUUCACUCUCUGCAUGCUACUUGAUGGAACGUUACUCUCCGGAGGGGGUGUGGAUAGGAAAAUAGUCGCCUGGGAUUCACUUCGGGCGUAUUCAUCAGUGAGAGCAGAACGACUCCCCGAAGCCGCUGGUGGGAUUCGGACGAUUACGGCACGGAACACCGGAAGCGCUGACGGAAUCUUGCUCCUGGGGACGACACGUAAUAAUAUUGUAGAAGGUUCGCUGCAGAUGAAGUUCAGCUACUUAGUUCAAGGGCACUGUGAGGAAAUAUGGGCGCUAGCAACGCAUCCACGGCAGACUUCAUUUGUAACAGCGGGCUAUGACAUGAGCGUUAUAUUGUGGGCAGCGGAGACCCAUAAACUUAUCUGGAGAACGCAAAUUGAGAAAUCAUGUUUGAGCUGUGCGUUCAACCCAAGUGGAUCAGUUAUUGCCUUGGCAACCACGGCGGGUCGUUUCAUCAUUCUAAACGCAGCCACUGGAACGCACAUCACGUCCGUACAAGUCGGAAAUGAGCAACUUGACGCCAUUAAGUACUCGCCGGAUGGUAACAUCUUAGCGAUGGGUUCCCAUGACAACAACAUAUACCUGUUUUCUGUUCUUGAUGACGGCAACGUAUAUCGUAAGAUCGGCGUGUUGCAAGGACACGAGAACUUCAUCACUCACCUGGAUUGGAGCGAUGACGGGUACUACCUACAAAGUGUCUCUGGAAAUUACGAUCUCCUAUACUGGGAUGUGAAUUCUAUGAAACGGGAAAAGGUUGCCAUGGUGAUGAGAGAUGCAGCAUGGAAAACACAAUCUUGUAUCCUUGGAUACGAUGUGUUAGGUGUGUGGGCAUCCAAGGAGGUUGGAACCGACGUGAAUGUGGUGGAAAGGAGCCCCCAUCAAGAUAUAUUGGUUGCCGGAGACAACCACGGAUUUCUCUCAGUAUUCAGAUAUCCAUGUACUUCGCCAAAAGCUGAAAGCCACGAUUGUAAAGCUUACAGCUCUCACGUGACCAACCUACGCUUCCUUCAAGACGACAAGUUUAUGAUAUCGACAGGAGGUCUCGAUGCAUGCGUAAUGCAAUGGGUAUUGGUCGAUAAAAAUGGACGAUAUUUCAGCACUGGAGGAAAUGAACUAUAA